AUGUACGCAAACGCAAGUCAGUUCGACGGCGCCGCCGCCUUCUCAGGCGGUGGUUUCAUGCCUUCUCAGACCACUCAGAAUACGGACCCUGCGCCCUCUUCGUCUACUAAGAAUCGUGAUACACAUACGCUGAUUCCCUUGACUGUGAAGCAAAUUAACAAAGCGUUGUUGUCGAAUGAUGAUAAAGUGAACUUUCUCAUCGACGGCGUUGAUGUAAACAACGUUAAGUUGGUAGGGAUGAUAUUGAACAAAGCUGAGAGGGUUACAGAUGUUUCCUUUCUGCUUGAUGAUGGCACAGGUCGCAUAGACUGCAACAGAUGGGUUCAUGAACCAGUAGACACGAAGGAGAUGGAAGCAAUACAGGAGGGAAUGUACGUUCGGGUUCAUGGUCAACUGAAAGGCUUUCAAGGGAAAAAGCAGUUAGUGGUCUUUGGUAUCAAACCUGUGAUUGAUUUUGAUGAGAUCACACAUCACUUUGUUGAAUGCAUACAUGUCCACUCUUACAACACAAAGUUAAUGAAGCAACAAGCUGGUAGUAAUGGUACUAGUAAUCAAUCUCAUAUGCCAAGUUCAGGGAUUAACACACAAUCAUACCAAACUGCUCCAUCAAAUCAGUUCACUGGUCAAUAUAUGGUUGAUGGACUGAAUGGAGUUGAUAAAAUGGUGUUGAAUUAUUUGCUACUUCCAGCCAAUUUAUCAAGGGAAUCAGGAGUACAUGUAGAAGAAAUUGCUAUGCAGUUGGGCCUUUCUUUAGACAAGAUUCGGGAGGCGAUUGAUGGGAUGGUAAUUGAGGGGCUGAUUUACUCAUCGAUCGAUGACAAUCACUUCAAGUCAACUGGCAAUGCGUGAUUCCGGUUCCGAUUCUGAUUCCAAUUCCAAUUCAAAUUCCGGGACUGUUUUUAAGUAUGGAAUAGGUUGAUAGUUUUGGUUCCU